AUGGAGAAGCUAGAUGUGAAGCACAUUGAAGGAGACGAGGAGUCGCCUGUGCCGACAGACACGGCGCCACAGGAUACCAUCACGGCGGACGUCUAUGACGAGAAGCUCAACGAGAAGUUAAACCGGCGCUUGGACAUUCGGAUCAUUCCAUUGUGCUGCUGGCUGUAUUUACUCAACUUCCUCGACAGGGGAAACAUUGGGAAUGCACGCGUGCUAAAUGCAGAGACGGGCGACGACCUUCUCCAGCAAACCGGGAUGACGGCUACAGGAUACGCCGUCACGGUCUCGCUGUUCUCCGUCGCCUAUGCCGUCUUCGAAGUCCCUUCGAACUGGAUCAUGAAGCACUAUGUGCGCCCAUCGCUUUGGUUGGCUUUUCUUUUGGGGGCCUGGGGUGCUCUCACCAUAGGAUUUGCUGGUGUUCGUAACUAUGGCGCAGUACUUGCGUUGAGAUCACUGAUCGGAGUGUUUGAAGCAGGGUUCUUCCCUGGAAUUGUGUACUUCAUCACGAUCUGGUAUCGCCAUAACGAGCGAGCAGUUCGCAUCGCCUUGGUCAUUGCCUUCUGCAACCUAGCAGGUGCCUUUGGCGGCGCCAUUGCGUAUGGCAUUGGGCAUAUAAAUGGUGAGGGAGGACUUCAAGGUUUCCGCUGGCUCUUUAUCAUCGAAGGGAUUAUCACAAUAUUGAGUGUGCUACCCACAGCAUUGAUCCUCCCAGACUAUCCUUCGCGGGCCAAGUUCCUAGAUGAAGAUUUAAAACGUCUUGCCAUCGACAGACUCAAGGAGCGAGGCGGUGGCUACAACAGGGAUCAUGCGUCGCGCAAGGAGGUCCUUCAGACGUUCUUCAGCCCGAGGAUGUUGGCCCAUUAUGUUGCCUACAUUGCAAACGUAGUCCUGCAAGGAUCCUUCACAUUCUACUCGCCAACGAUUGUGACUGGUCUGGGCUACGCGUCGAUCCAAGCACAGCUCAUGACAGUUCCGCCGUGGGUCGUUGGGUUUGUGGUUGCCAUUGUGCUGUCGUACUCGGCCGAUCGCUUCGAUGCUCGGGGAUGGCAUAUCGCUGGGGCAUCCAUUGCCGGUGGCGUCGGCUGGGUGACCGCUGGCUCCUUGCCACCAGAUGCCUAUGCUUCGAGAUAUGGCUGCUUAUGUCUAGCUGCUGCUGGAGCGUUUCCGUACGCACCAGCAAUGACCAACUGGGUUACCUGCAACACGCCAUCGCUUCUGACUAUCCCCUUUGCCAUCGCCUUGCACAACUCAUGCGCAGGCAUCGGUCAGAUCAUUGCACAAUGGAUAUGGAAGUCCAAUGAGACCUCGUUAGGGUAUCCGACCGGCAACUAUGUGUGCGCUGCUUGCAGCUUUUUCGUAGCAGUCAUGACCAUUGGCCUGCGACUCUGGUAUGCUCGAAUGAACAGAGUUGGGUCAUUGGACGCUCGUGGUGAGACGCGGGUUUGGUCAUACUAG